AUGGCGAGAACUAUGAUCAUCUUGUUUUUGACUGCGUGUGCUAGCCUUGUUCUGAGCAGUGCCUCUCGAUAUCCGAGGUCAAGGUUCAAGGCAGCUGUGUACGAGCACAAGGUAAUUUUGCCGGAACCCAGCUAUAUACCGGUGUCCCGCCAGAAGGCGCUGUCCCUCAUGUACAAGAACCUGGCCGUGUACAGAACCCAGACCGAGGCUGCAGGCAGACAGAAUGUAGACAUCUUGUUUUUUCCGGAAGAUGGCAUUUAUGGAAUGAUGUUAAAGAUAAGAAGACAGGUGGCGCCGUAUUUAGAGUACAUCCCAGAUCCUAGAAAGGAAAGCUGGAACCCUUGCACGGAGCCUGGGAGGCAUGCUAACACAGAGGUACAGCAGUAUCUGAGUUGUCUUGCGAGGAAUAACGCCCUCUACCUUGUAGUAAACAUGGGAGACAAGCAGCCCUGUUCCAUCAAGACUGACCCAGGAUGCCCAUAUGACGGACAAUAUCAAUUUAACACCAAUGUCGUUUAUGGUCCCACGGGAACUUUGAUCGCUAAGUAUCAUAAAGUAUGCACCUUGAUACGAUGUGCAAAUUCCAUGAAACAAAGUUGCGGUCUCCAGUUUCUUUUACGAAAAACAAGAUUCCGUUACCUGCGUAUUAACGGAACCUUCGGCACUCCGUACGUAUUCCCAGCGGUGCUGCUUUACAGACGGUGGACAACUGAAGCUGGCGCCAAAACAAUGGAUGUUUAA